GACCGGGCCGUCACUUCGCCACCCGGGCUGCUCCUGUAAGCGAUGGCUCCCUUCGUGACCUUGGUCCUGCUUGGGCUGCUCUCGCUGUCUGGCCUGAACGCCGUCCCGCGUCCUCCGAAGGUUCAGGUUUACUCACGACACCCCGCAGAGAAUGGAAAACCAAAUUACCUGAACUGCUAUGUGUCUGGGUUCCAUCCACCCCAGAUUGAGAUUGAUUUGCUGAAGAAUGGGGAGAAGAUGAAAGUGGAGCGAUCAGACCUGUCUUUCAGCAAGGACUGGUCUUUCUACCUUCUGGUCCACGCUGAGUUCACUCCCAACGGAGUGGAUCAGUACAGCUGCCGUGUGAAACACGUUACUCUCACAGAGCCCCUGAUAGUUAACUGGGAUCGAGACCACUAACCAGCAUCAUGGAGGUUUGAAGAUGCCUCAUUUGGAUUGGACUAAUCCCAAAUUCUGUUUUCUUGCUUUUUAAUACUGAUAAGCUUUUAUGCUUUAUGGACAUAAAUCAGUAGUUAUAUUGAUGUUACCACAAAUAUCAUCUUCUUUAUAAUUUUUCUUUGUGCACUACGUCUCCAUGUUUGACCUGUCUUGGUUGUAGCUGUAGUUGGGGUGCUGGCAGCUUAGAGGUGGGGAGGAAAGAACUCUCACGUUCAGCAUCAACAUCUUGGUCAAAUUUAAGGUCUUUAUUGUCUUUUGCACACAAAACUAGGUAGUAAGAUAACUAUACAUAUUUAGAGUAAACCUCCAAUUUGUAAUGUUUCUUAGAAUUUUGGAAAAUUUUUGGAAAGAUAAUUGUCAGAAUUAUUGGAAACUUGUUAUAGCGGAUGACAUUUUGUCAUAUGAAAUCAUAUUUACUUAACACCUGUCAGUAUGAGACAUGGUUGUGCCUGUUUUUAUGUUAUUUUGUUUCACUAAUUAAAAUGCUGGUAAAACUUGA